AUGAAGAUACGGGAGUCCCCCCGAGCUCCUGCAAAGGCACAGCUUUCAGGGGAAUCCAACCUGCUCACAGAAACAUUUGUAGUGAAUUGGAAGAUUAACAAAUACCUGAGAAAGGCACAUUUUACGACAGCAUCACAUGAGGAUAUUUCCUUUACUGAUUAUGGAGAUGUACCAGGGCAUUAUGAUAUUAUAAACUGGAUCCCAUCAGACAUCCCAGAGAAACUAGAUCCUAAUAAAGUUGGAAGCUUUAACUCCUUAGCUCCUGUGAGAAAACAGAUUAUUGUCAAUGACAGUGCGAUCGUUUGGAGCCCUAAAUUCAAAACAACACCUACAUCAGUUUGCAAUGAAAAAUGUGCCCAUGGAUACAGAAAAGUUCCUUGGAAGGAAUAUCCUGUCUGCUGCUAUGGUUGUUUGGCAUGUGCAGAGGGAGAAAUCUCCAACACAACAGAUGCUGAAACCUGUAUAAAAUGUCCAGAAGAUCAAUGGUCCAAUGAUGAGAGAACUCUGUGCAUCAGAAAGACAGUGGAAUUCCUUUCAUUUGAAGACACAUUAGGGAUUGUCCUCACUUUAGUCUCCGUCUUCUGCUGUAUUGUCACUAUUGCUGUCCUUGUAAUUUUCUUUAAACAUCACACAACUCCUGUAGUAAAAGCCAACAACCAAAACCUCAGCUACACCCUCCUCCUCUCCCUCAUGUUGUCUUUUCUCUGCUCCUUACUGUUCAUUGGAUGUCCUGUGCAGGUGUCCUGCCUACUCAGACAAGUGGCCUUUGGGAUAAUUUUUACUGUUUCUGUCUCUUCUGUGCUGGCAAAAUCAGUCACUGUUGUAAUUGCCUUCAAUGCCACCAAACCUGACAGCAAGAUAAAGAAGUGGGUGGGAACCCGAGAGUCCAUCCAUCUGGUCCUUCUCUGCUCUCUAGGUCAGACUAUGAUCUGCACGCUGUGGUUGGCUCUCUACCCACCAUAUCCAGACUAUGACACUCAGUCUUACAUUAGGAAAAUGAUAUUACAAUGUAAUGAGGGUUCUGUCACUGCAUUCUACCUUGUGAUAGGCUACAUAGGAUUUCUUUCUACAGUCAGUUUCUUUGUGGCUUUCCUGGUUAGGAAGUUACCUGCCAGUUUCAAUGAGGCUCAGAUGAUCACAUUCAGCAUGCUGGUGUUCUGCAGUGUUUGGAUCUCUUUCAUUCCAACACACCUUAGCACCAAAGGCAAAUACAUGGUAGCCGUAGAAAUAUUUGCCAUCCUGGCUUCUAGUGCAGGGCUUCUGGGCUGUAUAUUCAUUCCUAAGUGCUACAUUAUAUUAUUUAAACCUGAAUUAAACACCAAGCUACUGGUGUCACUGGCUUCUAUAAAAGUUUACAUGAGAAUAAAUACAGGAGAUGUCACAUUUGCUGUCAAAGGCCUAGAUAACAAGUGGAGAGCUAUUGAUAGUGCAGGGUUUGCUAUCAGUAUCCAGGUUGUAUUGCACCUAACAAUCUGUUCAUUACCGAUUGAUGCUGAUGGAUUUCCUCCAGCUAUGAAGAUGUUUAUUAUUUCAGCAAUUAAGCAAGCACAAGCUGCCUUGCCACGUUCUAACAAGUGUAAAAAGUCAGUUCUAGUAUUACGUUCUACUAGUAAUGAGUGUCCUGAUACUGGGGAAACUGUUGUAUUGUCAGAUGGGGAGGUUUCCUCUGACAGUGAGGAUUCCUUACCUGAUGUUGAGCCUGAUAAUACCUCUUUUCUAUAUAAAAUUUAA